GGAAGUCCGAAACACCCAUUCACAUUUUUCAUCCAUUUCACCCAAGGAAGCUUUGGGCAAGUCGAGAAGUUUCAAUUUGAAGAAACAAACAGUAGUUUCUGGAGAUGUCGUGCUUGGCAUCUUGCUGCGCGUCAUUGACAUGCGGACUCUGCACAUCGGUAGCCUCAGGUGUCACCAGGAGCUCAGCUAGACUCGCUUAUUGUGGCCUAUUUGGUGUUUCCUUGAUCGUCUCUUGGGUUCUCAGAGAAGUGGCUUCUCCUCUUCUCAAGAAUUUCUCAUGGAUAAACACUUCAGACAAUUUAUCGAAGGAAUGGUUUCAAACACAAGCUGUUCUUCGUGUCAGUUUGGGGAAUUUCUUGUUUUUUGGACUGCUUGCACUUAUAAUGAUUGGUAUCAAGGAUCAAAAUGAUAGACGUGACUCCUGGCAUCACGGUGGAUGGGUUGCUAAAUUGGUGAUCUGGGUGUUGCUUGUUGCCCUCAUGUUUUUCCUCCCGAACGGUGUCAUAACAAUUUAUGGUUUUCUUUCGAAAUUUGGGGCAGGGUUGUUUUUGUUAAUCCAAGUAAUAAUAUUAUUAGAUGCUACACACUCGUGGAAUGAUUCAUGGGUUGCAAAAGAUGAGCAGAAGUGGUAUGUCGCUCUACUUGUGGUAUCUGUGGUGUGCUACAUAGCAACAUUUGUUUUUUCAGGAAUUUUGUUUAUGUGGUUCAAUCCUUCUGGCCAUGACUGUGGACUGAACGUGUUCUUCAUUGUUAUGACCAUGAUUCUUGCAUUUGCAUUUGCUGUUAUUGCUUUGCACCCAAAGGUAAAUGGAAGCCUAUUGCCAGCUUCUGUGAUAUCUGUUUACUGUGCUUAUGUUUGCUAUAGUGGUCUUUCAAGUGAGCCUCGGGAUUAUGUCUGCAAUGGGCUCCAUAACAAAUCAAAGGCAGUAACAACAAGUACCCUUGUUCUUGGAAUGCUUACAACUGUUCUCUCAGUCCUGUAUUCUGCUCUUCGUGCUGGAUCUGCUACUACUUUUAUGUCUCCACCAUCUUCUCCCAGAUCAGGUGAGAAGAAAUCCCUUCUUGCUUCUGAGGAGCUGGAAUCUGGGCAAGGAUCACCAGAAGCACGGCCUGUGAGCUACUCCUACACAUUCUUCCAUCUGAUAUUUGCUCUAGCUAGCAUGUAUUCUGCAAUGCUUCUUUCUGGGUGGACUAGCAGUUCUGAUAGUUCAGAGCUAAUUGAUGUCGGCUGGACAUCUCUUUGGGUUCGCAUAUGUACAGAAUGGGUUACUGCUGGACUGUAUGUUUGGUCCCUUGUGGCUCCAUUGUUCUUCCCUGACCGCGAAUUCUAUUGAUCGUGAUAUAAUGAUUAAUAUGUAGUCAUCUCUCUUUGUUAAUGUUGGUGUCUUCAACUUGUAUCAAGCUUGUUAUGUAAAUAUAAAAAAUGCUUCUACUGAAUGUUUAUCUACUGAUAAAUGUAAUAGUAGUAAUUUGUAACUAGCUUUGCAUGUACGGUGUACUUUCUUGAAAUAUAAUCUGGAAUAAAUGUCUGAUUAUUCUCUCUUC